AUUUUUUUUAUACCUGCACGUCUUACCAUAUCUAUGUAUAAUUUCUAUAUUUAAAAGGGAAAGUAUACUUAUUUAUAUCCUCUUGAACAUCCCACUCGCCGUCGCCUCUACACUGGAAGAGAAACUCCUUUGCCGUAAGAAGAUGGCAACUUUAACCAACGGACAAGUGGACGGCUCAGUUCACGCCGGAGGAGCCAGCACAAACGGGCUCGUGAACGGAAUAAGCCACCACAGUCCCGCGAGCUGCGCCACCAUUCCCAUGAAGGAUCACGAUGCCAUCAAACUGUUCAUCGGCCAGAUACCGCGCAACCUGGACGAGAAGGACCUCCGGCCGCUCUUCGAGGAGUUCGGCAAAAUCUACGAGCUGACCGUUCUGAAGGACCGCUUCACGGGCAUGCACAAAGGCUGUGCCUUCCUGACAUACUGUGCGAGGGACUCGGCUCUGAAAGCGCAGACUGCACUGCAUGAGCAGAAGACCCUGCCUGGGAUGAAUAGACCGAUCCAAGUGAAACCCGCAGACAGCGAGAGCAGAGGAGAAGACAGAAAGCUGUUUGUGGGGAUGCUGAACAAGCAGCAGUGCGAAGACGACGUGCGGCGCCUCUUCGAGGCCUUCGGCGGCAUCGAGGAGUGCACCAUCCUAAGGGGUCCUGACGGAAACAGCAAAGGUUGUGCAUUUGUGAAGUAUUCGUCUCAUGCGGAAGCUCAGGCGGCCAUAACUGCACUGCAUGGGAGCCAGACCAUGCCUGGCGCCUCCUCCAGUCUGGUGGUGAAGUUCGCCGAUACGGAUAAGGAGCGCACCAUCCGGCGCAUGCAGCAGAUGGCCGGUCAGAUGGGCAUCUUUAACCCCAUGGCCCUGCAGUUCGGCGCCUAUGGAGCCUACGCACAGGUCCAGCAGCAGGCGGCUCUGAUGGCAUCAGUAGGGCAGGGUGGUUACCUGAGCCCCAUGGCUGCGUUUGCUGCCGCUCAGAUGCAACACAUGGCCACCAUCAACGGCCUACCAGGAGCACCCAUGACCCCAACGUCAGGUGGCAGUACUCCUCCUGGCAUCACAGCCCCCACAGUGACCAGCAUCCCCUCCCCCAUCAGUGUGAACGGCUUCACCGGCCUCCCCCCGCCGCAGGUGAAUGGCCAGCCUCCCACCGAGGCCGUCUUCACCAAUGGCAUCCACCCCUAUCCGGUCCUGCAGGAGGUGGUGUUCAGAGAGGAUUCGGAGAAGGCCCCCCGCAGCUGUUUUGGGGUUCAGGGCAGCUGUUUCCUGUCCCCCCUCUCUGAAGCUCAGAGUCCGACUGCAGCUGAUCCCCUUCAGCAGGCUUAUGCAGGAGUUCAGCAGUAUGCAGCCUACCCAGCAUACGGUCAGAUCAGCCAAGCAUUUCCCCAGCCUCCUCCCCUAAUCCCACAGCAGCAGAGAGAAGGGCCAGAAGGCUGUAACCUGUUCAUCUAUCACCUGCCUCAGGAGUUUGGGGAUGGCGAGCUUAUGCAGAUGUUCCUGCCUUUCGGUAAUGUCAUCUCCUCCAAAGUGUUUGUGGAUCGCGCGACAAACCAAAGUAAAUGCUUUGGCUUCGUCAGCUUCGAUAAUCCGGGCAGUGCCCAGGCUGCCAUCCAGUCCAUGAACGGCUUCCAGAUUGGGAUGAAGAGGUUGAAGGUUCAGUUGAAGAGGCCAAAGGAUGCCAAUCGCCCAUAUUAA